GAGCGCUGGGAUCCCGGGCUGCAGCCAGCUGCGCGCCGCCGCUCCCCGAGGCAGUCCGUGCUUUCCGCUGCUUGCAAACUUUAGCAUCUUUUGUUGCACUGAGCCGGAAACUAAUAUGCAGAGCAAGGGUACAAUCAUGUGCAUCCAAUUUCUUCUGCAGUUUCUCCUGCUCUGGAUACUUACUGGGAAAGCACACACUGAGGAAGACAUCAUCAUUACAACCAAGAAUGGUAAAGUCAGAGGGAUGCACUUGCCAGUUCUUGGUGGCACAGUGGCAGCCUUUCUUGGAAUUCCCUAUGCACAGCCACCUCUUGGUACGCUUCGGUUCAAAAAGCCACAGUCCUUGACCAAGUGGUCCAAUAUUUGGAAUGCCACAAAAUAUGCAAAUUCUUGCUAUCAGAACAUAGAUCAAACUUUUCCAGGCUUCAUUGGAUCAGAGAUGUGGAAUCCAAAUACUGACCUCAGUGAAGACUGUUUAUAUCUGAAUGUAUGGGUUCCGGUACCUAAACCAAAAAAUGCGGCUGUAAUGAUAUGGAUCUACGGUGGUGGUUUUCAAACUGGAACAUCAUCUUUACCUGUUUACGAUGGCAAGUUUCUGGCCCGGGUUGAAAGAGUUAUUGUAGUUUCAAUGAACUAUAGGGUGGGUGCCCUAGGAUUUUUAGCUUUACCAGGAAAUUCAGAGGCACCGGGGAACAUGGGUUUGUUUGACCAACAGUUGGCACUUCAGUGGGUCCAAAAAAAUAUAGCAGCCUUUGGUGGAAAUCCUAAAAGUGUAACUCUCUUUGGAGAAAGUGCAGGAGCAGCUUCAGUUGGCCUUCACUUACUUUCCCAUAGAAGCCACCCAUUGUUUACCAGAGCAAUUCUGCAAAGUGGAUCUUCUAAUGCCCCUUGGGCACUAACACCUCUUUAUGAAGCUAGGAAUAGAACAUUGACCUUAGCUAAAUUUAUUGGUUGCUUUAGAGAAAAUGAGACCGAGAUAAUCAAAUGCCUUCGAAGUAAAGAUCCCCAGGAAAUUCUUCUGAAUGAAGUAUUUGUUGUCGCCUCCGAUUCUCUCUUGUCGAUAACUUUUGGUCCAACUGUGGAUGGCGAUUUUCUCACUGACAUGCCGGACACACUACUCAGACUUGGAGAGUUUAAAAAAACCCAGAUCUUGGUGGGUGUUAAUAAAGAUGAAGGGACAGCGUUUUUAGUAUAUGGAGCUCCCGGUUUCAGCAAAGAUAACAACAGUCUCAUAAGUAGAAAAGAAUUUCAAGAAAGUUUAAAAAUGUUUUUUCCAGAAGUGAGUGAAUUUGGAAGGGAAUCGAUUCUUUUCCAUUACAUGGACUGGUUAGACGAUCAAAGAGCUGAAAACUACCGCGAGGCCUUGGAUGAUGUGGUUGGGGAUUACAAUUUCAUAUGCCCCGCCUUGGAGUUCACCAAAAAGUUCGCAGAUUUGGGAAGUAAUGCCUUUUUCUACUAUUUUGAACACCGAUCCUCCAAACUUCCGUGGCCUGAAUGGAUGGGAGUGAUGCAUGGCUAUGAAAUUGAAUUUGUCUUUGGUCUACCUCUGGAAAGAAGAGCAAACUACACAAAAGCUGAGGAAAUUUUGAGUAGAUCCAUAAUGAAACGCUGGGCAAAUUUUGCAAAAUAUGGAUAUCCAAAUGGGACCCAGAAUAGUAGUAUAAGUUGGCCUGCCUUCAAAAGCACUGAACAAAAAUAUUUAACCUUGAAUACAGAGUCACCAAAAGUAUAUAAUAAGCUACGUGCUCAACAAUGCCGAUUCUGGACACUCUUUUUCCCCAAAGUCUUGGAAAUGACAGGAAAUAUUGAUGAAGCAGAACAAGAAUGGAAAGCAGGAUUCCAUCGCUGGAACAAUUACAUGAUGGACUGGAAAAAUCAAUUUAAUGAUUACACUAGCAAGAAAGAAAGCUGUGCAGAUUUUUGAAGAUUUCAAAAACAGAGUAAGUACCGUGUCCUCUCCUUCAAUUCACCUGGCAUUAAAGCCAUUAGAGAGGCAGCUACAUAUUUCUCUUAGAGUAGCUUUAAGGCUACCACAGACUGUGUCAAAUUCCAGAACACCUAAGCUUCUUCAUCACUGUCGACCACUGCUAUAUGAAAUCCCAUUUCAUAUACAUUUUUCAGUACUUGGAAAACAUUUCUAACAUUUCUAUAAUGUCUUUUAAUCAUCUUUUCAGCCUUUUUAUUAACUGUCACUAUUCCUUGAAAGAAAAAAAAUUUAGAUUAUUGUAUGUUAAUGCCCUAAUGUAAAGUAUCACAUUAUAGUAUCAAUCCAAUGCAUAAGUUGUCCAUUUCAGUAAAUUUGACUGGAUCUCAUCUGAAGAAGUUCAAUGGUAUAAUAUUUUGGGACAUUUUCCCAUAUAAUGCAUUUCUACUCAAAAGAUUUUAAAGGCAGCUUUAGAGAAGAACUUGUACCAUAUAAGAGGACAGAUACCUGUGGCCCUCUGUCUUCAAAAACAAUGUGUUGGUUGCAUAUCUGUAUCCCAAUUAAUUAUCAUAUCUUUUUAUGUUUUAUUUAUCUAUAAAGAAAUGUUUAUAGUAUAGGUCCAAAUUUUUUAAAUGUGUUCAUUAAAAAUAUAUAUAUUAGAAAAUGUAAAAAAGAAAAAAAUUGUAACCAUUACUGACCAAAGAUAAGUCUUCAAGUUUAUAAAAGAAUUUUUGUCUACUACAAAAAAUGUAUAUGCUUGCAUAACAUAUAUAUUUUAAAAUAUAUUUCAAGAUAUACUGAGAUAAGUUUUCAUUCACUAUUUAUUCACUUAAUGUGUUCAUUCAAAAAUGUAAAUUUAGAGACAUAAACAAAGAUUUUUCUGUCUAAAUAACUGAUUGAAUAGGUUUUUCAAAUUCUGAGACAAGGAAAAGCUGUAGGUCCAGCAGAUCUAAAUGAAGAAACAAAAGUUUGGGUGAGGGUGUAUUAGCUUUCAGAUGCCUAUUAGGUAUCUAAGAAAGAGAGAGAGAAAAAACUUUCUUAAAUGAGAGUUGAGUUGAAGGAAGAUGUCUAGAUUAGAGAUAUAAAUUUGUCUCUAACAUCAAGAUGUUAUAUAAAGCCAUUGGGCUGAAGGAGAUUACCUAGAAAUUGGGUGUAAAUCUGGACUGAGCAGAGCCAGCACUCCAGCACUGAGACGUAAUUUGAUGUUUAAGUUUCUGUUAAGCUAUAGUGCUUAUUGCCAGACCUUAAAAAAAACAACACAGAACUUCCUUCUUCCUAAAUUUCUCACCUUGACUCAUCUCCCUUCCAUCUGUAAUUCAACAAAAUUUUUCUUUAGGAAAAGUAAACCAGAUUUUUUAUAGCUAAGAAAAUCUUUUGGUUGCCUUUGCAAAUAAAUGAAUAUUUGGUUAAAUUUAUAAUAUUACCAUUUAAAUAUAUUUUAUUCAACUCCAUAGAAUUAUCUACAGAAUAAAAGUGUAAAAACAAUUAGAGUUUUGUUUCCGUGAAUAUAAUCUAUAUCUCUGUUUGGAUACUUGUAAGAUUUAUAUAUACAUAUAAUUUACAGGCUGAAUAAUGACCCCCCCCCC